CUUUCGCCAAGCCCCAUGACAGCUUUGCCCUGCGGGGAACAUGGUAAACAUCAGCUGCAGCGGCUCUGCCAGGCUCGGCAGGAGCCGGAGCCUGGUGCCUGCCUUCCUAAGCCUCUUCCAAACGGGGAUACUUUUGGAGCAGGGCCCGGGGAUCACCCUGUUCCCCCUUGUGCCACCUCAGGCGCCCCGUCCCCUCGGGCUGUCAGCCCGGGCUCCUUCCCUCACUCGAGAUGGCGCCGGCCGGCCCCCGCCCGGCUCUGCCCUCACCCAACAUGGCCGCCGCCCGCGCAGCUCGGCGCGCUGCCCUCACCAAACAGGGCGGCCCCCAUUCACUCCCCAUUGUGCCCGCCCUCCGCUCGCCCCGCGGCGGCUUCGGCGGCUUCAGCGCGCUGCACGCAAAGAUGGCGGAAGCGAUUGCGGGCGUUUGAAUUCCAGGGAAGCCGCCAAAUCCGCGCACAAAGGCGGCGGGCGCCGCGGGAGCCGCGCCGCCGAUCCAUGGAUUCGCUGCCGGGGGAGGACCCGACGCUGCCGCUGGCGCUCGAGGGCAGCGUCCUCCAGCUGCCGGACAUCUCCCGCGGGGACCCCCAGCCCGGCCCGCCCGGCGGACAAGUGGUACCAGAUGUGGCAGAAGACACAGUCUCGCCAGCUCGAGCUCGGACCAUGAAGGACUAUGAAAAUCAAAUCACUGAUCUGAAAAAAGAAAACUUCAACCUGAAACUUCGUAUUUAUUUUCUGGAGGAGCGAAUGCAGCAGAAGUUUGAUGGUCCCACUGAAGAAAUCUACAAAAUCAACAUUGAGCUGAAAGUUGAGAUAGAAAGUCUGAAGCGUGAACUGCAGGAGAGGGAGAAGCUGCUCAUCAAGGCCUAUAAGGCAGUUGAGAGCUUGGCCCAGGGUGGUGAUGCUGAAGUGCAGCAUGGGAAGGAGGCACAGAAGAAGAUGAAGGAGAUGGAGGAAAUGCUGACUGGCAGAAUAAACGUUCUGGAAGAGAAUCUUAAAGCUGCCCAAGAAGAGGUGGGAAAAGCCCUUGCUAUGACAGAGAAGGAGAAAGCUCUGAGAAUUGCUGCUGAGCAGAAACUUGCUUCAAUUAUCAAUGCCCCUGCCAAGGAUGUGGACAAGGUUACAGAAGCUGAGAAGGACAGACUUAUAGAGCAACUGAAUCUGUCACUGAAAAAUAAAGAAGCUCUAAUUCAACAUCUUGAGAAGGAAAAGUCUCAGAGUGGAUCUUCUGAUGGGAACUUGCCAGCAGAAAAAAUCAGAGAACUUACCAUUGCCUUGAGGCUUGAAAAGGAUAGUGAGAUAGAGGCUCUUAGAAUGGAGCUUAAAAAUGAGAGAAGUUCCUUUGAAAAAAAGAUUCAGUCACUGCAAGAAGAGCUACAAGAGAGAGAAAAUGAGCUUGCUGUUGAAAAGAAGAAUGGUUUGAAAAGGGAUAAAACUAUCCAAGGACUAACUGUUGCCUUAAAAGCAAAGGAAAAAGAGAAUGAGGAGCUGGCUUCUGAAAUUGAGGAGUUAAAUGCUUCACUGGCUAAGGCAAGAGAGGCAACUCACAAGGCACAUGUCCAAAAAUUCAAGGGUGCUGCAGAUUAUCAGGCUCUGCUGAUGGAGAAGGAGACCCUGCUGGCAGAGCUGCGCUCUGAGAACCUCACAAAGGACGCUGAGAACCGCAGGCUGCAGAGGAUAAUUAAAGUCACUGGGCAGGAGCUGAGUGAUCUCAAUUUGGAAAGAGAGAAAAUGGAGAAGGAGCUGGAUGAAGCACAGCUGCAGAAGAGCAGAAGUGACAAAACCAUUAAUGACCUAAGAAAUCAACUAGAGAAAUUACAUGGUGAAAUGUCUGAGAAAGAAAAAGCAGUUGAACACCAUUACAAUAUUCUUUUGAGUGAAAGCAAUCAGAAGCUGCAGAGCCAAGAACUUGUUAUAAGGCAGCUGACAGACAGUGUCAAUCACAAGGAUCUGCUGCUUGAGAGACUUGAUGGAACAGUUAAAGAAAAGGAUGCAGAGCUGCAGGAGCUCCAGAAUAAGUGCAAGAACCUUUUAAGAGCUAAUGAAGAACUUGAACUGAAAAAUGAGGGUUUAGUAGAGGAGAAAUGUGCUGCACAGACUCAACAGUCAAUUAUCAAGAUAGUCAGAGAGCUGGAGGAAAAUAAAGAAGCUGAAUAUGAGAAGCUGAUCCUUGCUUUAAGGAAAGAACAGAAUAUUUAUUCUACUCUAGUGAAGACCUUCAAGGAGUCAGAUAGUAUAAAUAGCUUGCAAGUGGAACUGAACAACAUUUUCAUGUUGAGAAAACAACUGGAAGAAGAUGUUUUAGGUAACAGGAAUCUCCAGAAGAUUUUACAAGAUCAGAUUAAGGACAUGAAAAACCACAAAGAUGAAACUCUAUCUUUCUGUGGAGAUCAAACAUCUUAUAUGAGUAUCUGUUUGGGAGAACAAGACCAUUUAAGCCUUCAGAUAGACCAUCUGUCUCUGGAAGAACUUAAAAAAAAGGUUGCUGACCUGCUGCUGAUGGUCAAAGAGCUGCAGUCAAUUAAUCAAGAACUUAAGGCAAGACAGUCUGGGUGUUGUACAAAGGAUUCUCAAGGAAAGGAAGCACUGGAAAUACUAAACCACAGAGAGUGUCUUGAAACAACAGAGAAGCCUGUGAUGCAGCCUGAAGAUGGUGACAAUGACAAGAAGGUGCAGAACAGUCAGUGUUGUGAGAGGGUCAGUCAGGUAUGCCUUCAAGUAUCUUUGGAUUUUCCUUGUGAGGUGGAUAAACAGAUAACUCCAUCAGGCUAUUCAGAGAGUUUCUGCAAAGACAGACAUUAUAGGAGUCCAAUUAAGCCUCAAUUUGAGCAUGAUACAACUGACAAACACUUGAGAACAGGAAUGAGUGAACAUGAAACAGAAGAGAACUUGCUCACAUCCCUUCUAAGAGAAAAUAGAACAUCUGUGCUGGAAUCGACCAGACAAGAACAAAUGAAAAUUGUAAAUGAACUGUUAGAUCAUCUGAACACGACAGAGGAAGAAUGUUCAAGUGAAGAUAUAGAGAAAAAGGAUGAAAAAGAUCUUAGGCAAAUGAUUAUUCAACUAAGAGCUCAACUCAAACAUUUCAAGCAGGUCACUAAAUUCUUAAAGCAGCGAGUAGAAUUGAAAUCAACUUUUGAUGGGGAAGAGAAGCUUUAUCCAGAUGCAGUGCCACAGAUUAAUAAGGCGAGUCAGUUGUUGAAAGUGGAAUUGAAAGAUGCAGCUAUGCAAACAAUGACUUUAGAGAGUAAUGUCAUGAGAUUCAAACAUGAAGGCAAAAAAGGAGCCUCAGAAGAAAAGUCAAAAUAUUCAAGAUUAAAUGCAGAAGCAGAACAUCAGCAAGAAAAUGUGUAUAAGAAGGGUGAACAGCAUGAAAGGCUUUCUUUUACUAGAACAAAUGAAGCUGGCUCUGCUUCCUUGCCCAAGAAGUCACGGCUGCCUGUGCUUGUGAGACCCUGCAGAGCAUUAGGAAAUGUCCCUUUGCUGCAGAAAUCAGCUCCAGAAACACAGCAUCCUUCCAGGGCACCUCCUGAAGGGCUGAGAGCCUGUGAAAUACAAACCAAGCCAUUUCAGGCACAGCCUAAUGGAGAGUUACUGCAUGAGUCUGGAGCUGAAAACCUUCCAGAGGAGCCUGCACAGGGAAACACAUCAGGGAGAGUUGUCUCGUUGCUCAAAGUGGAUAAUACUGAGACCCAGAUGGAGUUCCAAGAUGUUGAUCCAGGUACAGAGGACAAGAAUGAAAAUGUGAAGGACAAAAAUCAGCAGAACUGUCAAGAAAUGCAAAAUCAUCAUAGCAUUAGCAAUGGGAAUAUCCAGAGUUCAUUCAAAGAGGUGGAUGAAGAGUUUUAUCCCAUGGGACACGAGGACAUUGACUCAGCCCCUGCACGUUCAGACUCCAAGUGCCUGCAUGCUCCCCAAGGGAGUGGAGCAAGAACUGAUGCACGCCAGGGCUCUGGAGCCACAGAGGAUAUAGAAGAAUUGAAACAAAGAGUUAAGAAUAUGCAGUCUGAGCUUGAAAAGUACAGAAUGUUCCUGCUGCAGCUGCAGGGCUCUGAGCAGCUCUUGUUCAGUGGUGUUUCCAAUGGAGUGGUGAGGGAUGCAGGCCUGCCUGUGGAAGGGUUUGGCACACAAGUGCAAGGUACAGCCAUGGAAGGAGUCCAGACAUCCUCUGGUGUCCCUCAGCUGGAUUAUGAGAUCCACACCAAAACCUGGGAUUCUGAGUCUCUGCAAGCACCUAAUGCAUGGGCAGCACAAAACCUUAAGGAGCUGCUGUUGGCCAGUGAGGCAGAAGUUGACAAAGAGCAAGUUGUGAAUGUGCAUCUUGAUGGAAUGUAUCCUCUUCAGAGCAGUCUGAGAGCAACAUCACCAUCCAAAUAUGAUUCCUUGGUUCAUUCCCAAGUCCGGGAGCUGUCCUUCCAAUGCCAGCAAAUCAAGGAGAUCCGCUGUGCCUGUGCCACCUACCACGAGCACCUCACCAGCCUGGUGAAGGCCUUUGAGCAGCUGCUCCAGGCCAGUGAUGUUGAUUACGAUGUUGCUGAAGGCUUCCGUGAGCAGCUGAACCAAAGUGUGCUGCUGUUUGAGAAACUGGAAAUGAAAUUCCUCUACGGAGAAUCAAUAGGUACAGAAGUCACUAUACUUUAUGAAUUAGCUCAAAGGAAUAAUGAGAAGAAUGCCACCAUGUACCAGCAUCUGCAGGAUGAGUCUCCUGUGCCAUCUGCUCUUCACAGCUCAUCUGAUUUUGAUUUGUCAGAGAAGUCUCCUCUUGGCUCACCUGAGCACAGGCAUGACCUGGAAGGCCAGCACAGCACACUGCCACUUCUGCCAAGCAAGUUUCCUCCAGGUAGAACAGAUCGGCUCCUGAGGAAGGAUGAAACUUGCAGCCAGUGGAAGAAAAAUUGUAGAGUAGCAAAGCAAGAAGGAAAAGAGUUAUUAAUGGAACAUCUACAAGAAAUUAGAAUCCUGAGACAGCGUUUAGAAUACUCCAUAAAAACUAAUGAGAGACUGAGGAAGCAGCUUGAGAGACAAGUAACAGACAAGGAACUAGAUCAAGGUUCUGCAAACAUUUUUAUCCAUGGCUCAGAGCAGCAUAAUUCCCUGACUUCUGAAAUACAUUUCCUGAGGAAGCAAAAUCAAGUUCUGAAUGCAAUGCUAGCAAAAGGAUCUAGAGAUAAACAGAAGGAAAAUGAAAAGUUAAGAGAAUCUCUUUCUAAGAAGAAUGCAAUCAUUGAGCAUCUUCACGAGGACCAUGAAUGCAUGAAGAAAGAAAACGAAAAGUUGCAAAAACAAAUUUGCCAAAAGGAAGAUGAAAUCAGAUACCUGACGUGUCAAAUUUACAGCAGUCGCAAUGAACUGAACAGGUUGCAAACAGACAUUAAUGUAAAGCAGCAUCAGAUCUCUGAGAAUGAGAAGCUGCUGCAGUCGCUGCGGACUGAGAUCAAGGUGUAUGAGAAGCUGGAAGAAGCAAGAAGGAAGGGGACAGAUCCCAGAUGUGAUGCCUCAGAAGAAUUCCAGAAAGAUCAGAAAAAUCCACUUGAUUUACACGAACUGCUGGCUGAAAUCCAGAGCCUGCGAGUGCAGCUGGAGAGGAGCAUGGACACCAACAAGUCUUUGCAUGAAAAAUUAGAAGAACAGCUUUCCAAAGGGAAGAGAGAGGAAGGGGGCCCAGUGUCAGCUGUUAAUAUCAACUGUGUGUUGAAGCCAGGUUCUGAGCCCUGUGCAGGACUGGAUGAAAAUCUCUGCAACUGCCCUGCUGCCAGGAGGAACACUGGUGAGCUGCAGAAGCAGCAGAACAGACCCUGCAUUUCAGCAGAGAACCCAGGUGCUCAGGCAGCCCCUAAGGGUGAGGGGGACAGUGCCUCCCUGUGCAGCAGCACCUCCAGCAGGACGUGCACCCCGCGCCUGGUGCCCGGCCAUCGCAUGUGGGCGGACAGGAACGGCCGGCACGUCCUGGGCCUCAUCGAGGACUACGAUGCCCUGAGGAAACACAUCUCAGAGGGGCAGCAGGUGCUGGCAGACAUGGAGAUGGCUCUCAGAGGGGUCACUGGCACCCAGCUGCAGGAGCCUGGAGUAAAGGUACCAGAACAGGCAUCCCUGCAUGGCUUUUCCACGAGCACUCACACAGUACAGCAGAUUUUGGAAGAGGCUGCACGUUCCCUGAAGCUUCUCUGGAGAGUUUCUCUUCCCCUGAAAGCUGCUCAUGGUACUGCUCAGGGCAUUCAGGAUGAAGGAAUGAAAGCAGAAAUCUUUAGGUUACGUAAGAAACUGUCUGAGCAAGAGAAGAAGUUGCACAGCACAGUGAAACGCCUGCACUCCACAAACCAGCUGAAGGAAAACAUGGAGAAAGUCAUCAUUGACCAGUUGGUUUUAACACAUGAUGUCUUGAAGAAGGCUAGAGGAAACCUGGAAGUUCCACCAGCUGAGAAUCAAAAAUCACCUUCCUACACCAGCAAAAAAAGGAUUCUCUGAAGGAGAAAGUUCUGCUAACAGAGACUGGUUUUGUGAGUGGUGUUUGCUUUGUGCUGCCUUAAUAUUUAUUGAUGUAAAAAAUGUUUGUUCAGCUAUUUUAAUGGAAUCAGCCUUUGACCAAAAAAAAAAAAAGGACAAAAAAUGACACCUUUUGGUAAAUAACUUAUUUAACAUUUUCUGUAAUGUAAAGAUGGUUUUUAAUAUUUAUUAAGAAGCAAGGUACUGCAGGUAUUGAGGAAAAAUCCAGAUUUUUUUAAAAGUUGGCACAUUUGAAAUUUUAUAUUUAUACUUGCCAUGUUGUAAAACUAUUUGUAGUUGUAGUCAAACAGGUCCUGAAAGAAUCAAGAAUGUGUUCCACCUUCCACCGUUUCUCUCCUGCUAAAAGAAUGUAGGGUAAAAAAAAAACCUCUGCCAGUUUUCAUUGUUUUGUAGCAAUGUGAAAAAUGUUAAAUAUUUUAAAGCAUUUUAACCAUCUCUGGAAGGUUCUUCUGGAAGCUGUCUGAUGCUGGGCUUUGUGUUAGGUACUUAGAUUGAUGGUGUGUCUGAAAAUGUUACUUAAAAUCAGACAAUUAAAAUGAAAAAUAAUCACAAA